GACUUUUAUUUUGAAAGCCGUGACAGGAAGUGGUGUUUGUGGUUCCUGCUGUCUGUUGUUUUGGUUCUGCAGGGUUUCGGGUCAGCGGGCGGACAGGUCCUCGGGUCCAAACACCGGCUCCUUCAUCAGCAUCCUCCUCCUCCUCCUCCUCCUCCUCCUCCUCCUCCUCCUCCUCGGCAGCAGCCAUGGCGCUCAUCUCGCUGGAAGACCUGGACGGAUUGGACGACGAGCAGCUGGACGAUGACAUCACCGACAACCCCGAGCCGCUGGACGAGGACGAGAGGGAGCGGCUGCUGAGCCACUGGCAGGCCGUGGCCAGCACCCACCGCGUGUCGGUGCCUCCAGAGAUGGCGAGGCCGAUCGAGGAGAUGAGCCAGCGCAGCCAGCAGAGGGAGCCGCUGCCCUUCACCCUCAUCUCCCGCCAUGAGAAGAUGGGGGAGGUGCUGUAUGAGGAGAGGCUGUAUCCUGCAGGAAACUGGGUGUGUAUCACCAAAGGAGAGGAUCUGUACGAGCAGAGCAUCUCCAUGGGCUUCAUGAAGCUGAUGCGCUUCAUCUGCAAGGAGAACUCUGCAGGCCGUUACCUGGGCAUGACGGUGCCGGUGGUCAGCCUGAUCAACAUGGCGCAGGACGGCAGCUCCUUCCAGCGGGACGUCCUGACCGCCUUCUUCCUGCCCGCCGAGUUCCAGGCCGCCCCGCCGCAGCCCGCCGACCCCGACCUCAGCAUCGUGUACCGGCCGCCCUUCAGGGUGUCCGCCAGGGUUUUCUUCGGCACGACCACGGAGGAGACGGUGAGCGCCCAGAUCGGCGUGCUGUGGGACAUCGUGGGCGACAGCGCCGCCCUGCAGCGGGACAGCUACAUGGUGGCCGUGUACCAGAACCCCGGGGUGCCCUGCCGCCGCAACGAGAUGUGGUUCCUCCACCGGGACCCGUAGGAACGCCCCAUCACCCCGGCCCCGCCCACCUCACCACGCCCCGCCCCAUCUACAUUUGCUACAUUUGGGUUUCGUCAAACACUGCAACACACACACACACACACACACACCACAUCAGCUCCCGUGCUGCUUGUGGUUCUCCUGGGUCUGAGCCAGAGACAUGAACCUCCAGAGGAGACACUGCACCAGCUGCUACACACACACACACACACACGCACACACACACACACACACACACACACACACACACACACACACACACACGCACACACACACACUCACACACAGACACAUACACACACACACAGACACACACACGCUGUGUUACUGUGGGACUGCAUUCUGACAGGUAGUCACUCAGAGUCGGAUGAGCUGAAUGGUUGAAGUGUUGUUGCCGUGGCGACGUGUUUCCUGUCUGCCGUGUGUCCCAGGCAGGCCUCCGUCCCGCGGUGACCGACGGCCCCCAGGCAGUUUGGUUCCUAACGAGGAGCGUUCCUCGUUAGGAACCCGCCCCGUGCUGCAGCGCCCCCCGCAGGGGGAACCCCGGCUCCCGGCUCCCCGCCCCGUGCUGCAGCGCCCCCCGCAGGAGACCAGCUGACGUCACAUCAGGAUCGAGAACCGGCAGGUUUUGGUUCUGGCCCCUGGCCAUCACACAGCGAGGCCUUCAGGCUCAGCGUUGGCCGAGCCUCCAGCGGGCGGGUCAGCCGCUAAACUGUAAACAACAACAACAACAACAGCAACGACAACAACAACAACAACAACAACAGCAGCAACAGCAACAACAACAACAACAACAACAACAACAACAGAGGGGGUUCGUCUGUGUUGGUUUAUGUGCUCAGAGUUUUAUUCUGGCAGCUUUUGGUCUCUCGCCGCGGGACUGUUCAACCUGCCACGACACUGAGGCUCAGCUACACUUUGACCUUUGACCUUUGACCUUUGACCUUUAACCCCGCCCUCUCCCGACCAGCCGUGUCACUCCCACCAUGCAGGGGUGUGAAGGCCUUUUCUGUCGUUUUGUUUUGGCUCGUUUCUGGUUUUUGUGGGGGGGGGUGUCCUGAUAUGGGACGUCCUGUACGACUGAUCAGCCUGAUCAGCUUGCAGUGUGUCCCACAGGUGGCAGGACAGACACACACACUGUAUUUACUGCUGGAUGUUGAACACUUGAAGAAGAGACGCUCUGAUACUGGACUUCAGGGCCGAUAAUCAAUAAUCAUCUGAUUGUGGCCGAUACGAUAACAGUAACGUCGCUCUGCAUUCACACGAAUCAUCACUUUAAUAACUUUUAAUAUUGACCUGCUGAUUUUCCCUCCAACUUCUGGAAACAAAAUGGGACCAACGUGACGGAGGAGCCAGACCCCCGUUAUCAGUAAUAAUGAUUGAUUCAGUUUCAUAUUUAUCAGAGGAUAAUCAAUCAGCCGUCGAUGCAUCGUGCAUCUCUGACAGCGGCGUUAAAAAUGAAAAAGAUUUCAAGAAUAAAUUUGCAGUUUCACAAGAAAAAAGGUCACAACAUCACAGAAGGACAUCGUGCUGCGAGGAGUCACUGCAGCGCCCCCUGGUGGCCCCAAAUCUGUGGCUGCAGCACAUUACCCCGACACCACCUCGGCUCGCCAGUGUUACAGCUCUAAUCCCAUGAAAUUACAGCUCUAAUCCCAUGAAAUUACAGCUUUAUUCCCAUGACACUACAACUUUAUUCCCAUGAAAUUACAACUUUAUUCCCAUGAAACUACAGCUCUAAUCCCAUGAAAUUACAGCUCUAAUCCCAU